UAGGCACUACGGGUAGAUGAGCCUGCUUUCUGCCAAUGGUUCAUACAGGCUAUUCUGUAUUCUAGUUAGUAUAGACAAUCAAUGACAGGGUGUACUAGUGCUACAAUACAGCACAUACUAUUUMUUUAUUUUGAACUGUCGGUACCAAGUUCAACAAAAGUAGGAAAUAAAACUCCAGUCUCCAGACAUGGCUUUAGUGGGAGUUAGAGCUUCAUACCACAGGAUUCUUAACAAGAUCGAGCUCAAACUACCUGCUAAACUGAGACCUUUCUACAACCAUCCAGCAGGCCCAAAGACAGUCUUCUUCUGGGCACCAGUGUGUAAAUGGGGCCUGGUUAUUGGCUGGGGCAUGGCUGAUAUGACACGGCCAGCUGAUAAACUGAGUCUCUCUCAGUCUGGAGUACUCAUGACUACAGGUGUUAUUUGGUCCCGAUAUUCUCUUGUCAUUAUUCCAAAGAACUGGGGUCUCUUUUUUGUCAACGGUUUUCUUGGAUUGGCAGGAGCCAACCAACUUGUUAGAAUCUGGAUGUACCAACAGGAAGUAAAGAAGCAACAGGACGAGAAGGCCCAGAUCCCAUGCAAAUAUAACCGUACACGCACACGCACACGCACACGCACACGCACACACACACACACACACACUCAGUAA